CGGGCGGGGGCGGGGGCGGGGGGAGAGAAACGCGACGACAGCUUUCCCCGCCGCAGCGCCGAUCUUUCCCAACCAAAGAUGGCUGCGGCUGUGGUCACCUGAGCCGCCGUGUCAGUCGGUAAGAGAGCGUCGGUCAAAGCAGCGGGGCCGUCAGCUGACGGCGGCACCGAUCGCGAACGGGUUGCCGUGUGCGCGAGCAUGAUGCCAUGACAACGGCGCGGCGCACCGCGAAGCUGUCCAGCGGUUUUACUUCGAUAGUGGCCCGCUUUUAGCCAGCAGCGAAUGCGGACUUGAUCUUUAAACCAAGCGGACGAGAACAGUAACGCAACCUGCAUGCGCCGAAAUCCGCAGACGCCAGGCUAACCGGGCCGUUGGAGAUGGGGAUCCUGUGCGGGCUUCCUCGCCGGGUCGGAGCGGAGGUUUAAAGGGGGCGGGGAGGGCAGCGGAGGGGCCUUGCUGCCCGUCAGCCCUGAAGAGAUGGACCAAGAGUACGAGAGGCGGCUUCUCAGGCAGAUCAACCACCAGAACCUGCCCACAGGGGCCCGCCUGUCAAAGUGUGUAAGUGCCACCUGCAGUCCUGUCAGUGUGAAGUCCGGGGACCGCUUCAUUCCCACCCGAGCUGGAAGCAACUGGAGCAUCAACUUCCACUACGCUAAUGAGAACUGCCGCUCUCCCAAUCAGAACCAUAAAGCAAAGGACGCCAGUUCAGAUUCCAGCAAAGACACUGUGGCGUAUGCCGCCCUGUUGAGGAAUGAGUUGCUGGGGGCAGGGAUAGAGACCGUGCCGGACCCUCACACGGACGACCGGCGGCACACGGUCCUCUCUCAAGACUCUCAUGGCCUUUUUAGGUACACUGUCCACACUAAGAGAGUGCCUUUCGAUAGCGAUAAUGAAGUCUCACCAUACUCACUUUCUCCACUUAGUAACAAGAGUCACAAGCUGCUCCGUUCCCCUCGUAAACCGGCCCGAAAGAUCUCCAAGAUCCCCUUCAAAGUGCUGGACGCCCCGGAGCUGCAGGAUGACUUCUACCUCAACCUGGUAGACUGGUCAGCGGGCAACCUGCUCAGCGUCGGCCUGGGAGCCUGCGUCUACCUGUGGAGUGCCUGCACCAGCCAGGUGACAAGGUUAUGUGACCUUUCAGUGGAUGGAGACUCUGUUACAUCAGUUUGUUGGAAUGAGAGGGGAAGUCUAGUCGCCGUUGGAACCCACAAAGGUUACGUUCAGAUCUGGGACGCGGCUGGAGGGAGGAAGCUGACCAGUCUGGAGGGUCACUCAGCCCGUGUAGGUGCCCUGGCAUGGAAUGGGGAGCAGCUGUCGUCGGGAAGUCGGGACAGAGUGAUCCUCCAGCGGGAUGUCAGAACACCCCCUUCUGCUGAAAGGAGGCUGCAAGGUCACAGGCAAGAAGUGUGCGGUCUCAAAUGGUCUCCUGACCACCAGCACCUCGCGUCCGGAGGCAACGACAACAAGUUGCUUGUGUGGAACAGCUCCAGCCUGCUCCCUGUGCAGCAGUACAGCGACCACCUGGCAGCGGUGAAGGCCAUUGCCUGGUCGCCCCACCAACACGGGCUGCUGGCGUCGGGGGGCGGCACGGCCGACCGCUGCCUGCGCUUCUGGAACACUCUGACGGGUCAGGCGCUCCAGAGCACAGACACUGGCUCCCAGGUCUGCAACUUGGCAUGGUCCAAACACGCCAAUGAACUGGUGAGCACUCACGGCUACUCUCAGAACCAGAUCCUGGUGUGGAAGUAUCCGUCACUUACACAGGUGGCCAAGUUGACAGGACAUUCCUACAGAGUGCUGUAUCUGGCUGUGUCACCAGAUGGGGAGGCCAUCGUUACAGGAGCCGGGGAUGAGACACUACGUUUCUGGAACGUCUUCAGUAAGACACGCUGCACCAAGGAAUCAAAGUCAGUGCUGAACCUCUUCACAAGAAUACGAUAGUGAACGGCCCUGGUCAGUACUGAUUCAAGAGGAGCCUACUAAGCUGUGGUUGAACUGCACAGUUACCCAUCAACACUCAGACUAGCCAUUACACCCCUCUCAUCUCAGCACCAUUCUCAAAAGCCACCAAUACGACGGCACUUCUUGACUCCACUUUUUCUACAGCCCCAACUUCAAACGACAACUGCCAUCCCUCACAGUGAUGUCACUGACUUAAAAAAAAAAAAAAAGAAAGAAAGAAAAAUAAGCAGUCUAUUGCCUGGACAUGUUGUCUGCUCACAAAAGUUGGUCUUGUUUUCUUUUCUGUUGUGGAAGUGAUGAAAUUGUUUUACCAUAUAUUAGCAGAAGUAUACAUCUACAAGAGUUUUAAGCUAUCAAAUGUAACAACGUCACAUUUUUAAAAGGCUCUCCUUUGUAACAGAGAGAAGAAGAAGAAGCCUGGAUUGGGUGGGGAGGGUUUCUAUAUUUUGAUAAUGUGUGAAUGUGAUAUACAGGAGUGUACAGAAGAAGAAAAACAAUAAAUAAGUGAACACACACACAGAGUUGCUCAUGCAGCUGCAAAGAAAGACCUGUUUAUUGGUGUUUUGUCAGUUGUCCAAAAAAUGGAGCGUUGGUUUUGUGUAUCCAUGCCUGGAGAUAAGAAACGGGCACUGUG